UUAUAAAACAAAACAUGCACAAUGAUUUGCUCACAAAAUGCACGUAAAACUGCAAAUAUCGCAAGAAAAGGACAUCUCCUUUGCACUGAAGUAAGGGAACUUACUCUAGAAAAUGCCAGACAUGUCGAAUUUCGUAAUACAGCAGCAAAAAUCAUGAAACAGUUUGACAGCCAAUGCAGAGAACACCAAGGUCAAAACUUAACAUGUAAAUGUGUAGCUGUCAAGAAAUACUGUUUGUCAUUCAAUUUGGACAGAAAAUUUUCGACCUCCAGCAAAUGCCUCACUGUAACAAUAGAUUAUAAGAAAAACUAUUAUCAUAUAUUAGGUGUAACACCGAACUGCAGUGCUGUAACUAUAAAACAAGCCUACUACCGUCUUUCGAAAGUUUAUCAUCCUGAUGUGAACAAGACUAAAGCAGCAGUUGAAAAAUUUCAUGAAAUUACAGAGGCGUAUGAAGUUCUGUCAAGCCCUUCACUAAAACAUUCUUAUGAUAGUGGUAGAAGUGGGCAUUCACAUGGGUUACACAGAGGCGUUGUUCGUCCUCAUCCAGUCAAUUUUACUGCUAGAGGACCACACCAGUAUAGAAAUACUGACAAGUAUAACUAUGAAAAUUGGAUGAAAGCACACUACACUGAAAGUUUUGAAAGAUCAGCUUAUGAGAUGAAAAAACAAAAGAUGGAAAAGGAACAAAAUGAGGAAUACUGGGCAGAAAAAGAAAGAUUCAGAAACAGGGAUGUUCAGACGGAUGUUUCUAAUAGUAAAUUAUCAUCUCUAGCAAUUAUUUCCUUUGUGUUUGUGACAGCAGUGUAUAUUAUACUUAAAAAGAAGUUAUGAGGGUAAUGGCGGGUAUAUAAUAAAACUAGGAAUAACAAAUUGAAUUGAUUAUGGUCAAGGACUUAGAUGAAAGGAUAUGAAGUGGUCACACGUUUAACCGGAACCCACGUAAAAAUGAAUACGCCGGAAUACUUUUUCCAUAAAUACACCUGUAUUUCAUUAAUGAAAGGUAUUUUUGACAGAAUUCAAACAUAUAUAACAUAAAUAAUUAACUUACCAAAGGAAAAUAAAAAUACGUUCGCCAAAAAAGUUUUUAUACGAGAUUGAAAUUUGGCGCAUGCUGGGAAUUUCCAUAACCGAAUUACUCUCAUAUUUCUAUAAUAUAUGGUAUUUUUGUAAGGGUUUACAGAAUUCAAUGAUAACAAAUAAUAAAUUUACGAAAGGAAAAUAAAAUACGUUCGCACAAAUAGGUUUUAUACCAGAUUGAAAUUCGGCGAGCAUCCGUAUUUCUUUGAUAAAUGGUAUUUUUGUAGGGGUUUAUGACAGAGUUCAAUGAUUUAUGUUAUAUAUGAUUAAUUAUUCAGUUAUAAACCCUACAAAAAUACCAUUAAUUAAAAAAAUACAGGUGUAUUCCAGUUAUGGAAAGUGUAUUCCAGUUUUUAGGUGGAUUCCGGUUAUAAGUUUGACCGAAUAUGAAGCUUUCAAGAUUUUCAAUGUAAAACUAAAAGUAACAGUCAUUUGAACUGUCAGUAAAUGAGAGAGUUUAAUAGAGUACAGUUACAAUAUCAGCCAAUGAUUGCCAUAAUGGCACCCACAAGCUGAAGCAGUAAAACUUAAAUUUAUCUUCAUACAUUUCCUAUUUAUGUCUCCAACAUGUUGUGGGGGAGACUGAUUGAUUAAGUGACCACAGUCAGUCUGUCUGUCACAAAGUGUUUCCACAUAACUGCUGACACCACAGAAUGGAUUUACACCUAACUUUACAAGAGUGAUCAUUUAUUAUCAAGCCUAGCUAUGGAUCUUUGGCAUUUUCUGAUUGAAUGAUUUUCAGUGGAGUUAUGGCCCUUACUUUGUAAAUGACACAAUAUAGAAACAACUAAAACUUUAAAACUUUUAUUUAUUUAAUUCAAUUUUGUAUUAGAAUCUAUUUUAUUACAUUAUAACAACAUGUGCUCCAAUUACAACACAUGUAAUUUCCGCUCCAAAUUAAGGUAAUUAUCUACCGCUUCUGCAUACAGGAGUGAAUAAGUGCAUUUGUAACAGCAAUAAAAAACAUAUUUGUUUUUGUCUAAUACAAAGAAUGAUUUGUUAAAGAACCUUUUGUUCAACUUCAUUUUAAUCAACACUAUGAUUAUAGACAAUUUCAUCAACACAAACAGUUAAGUAACCUUAAGUACAUUU